GCGGGGCCUGGGGCGCCCCAAAAGUCGCCCCAAAAGUCGCGGCCGAGGCCGGGACCCCAAAAAAUCCCAAAAAAUCCCAAAAAAAUCCCCAAAAAUCCCGAAACUGCCCCAAAUCCUCCCCCCGCCCCCCCCCCACCCCCCUCCUCAUGUCGCGACAGAUCCCGACAGCGCUCGCGCCGCUGCUGCUGCUGCUGCUCAUCCGCUCCGGGAGCGGCGCCAAGGAGGAGGCGGAGUCAGAAUGGUCCCGCUGCGGUUUCUCGCGCUCCCGCGGGCGCGUGGUCGGUGGUUUGGGCGCGCGGCCGGGCCGCUGGCCCUGGGCGGUCAGCCUGCAGCUGCGGGGGGGGCACCAGUGCGGGGGCAGCCUGGUGAGCGCCCAGUGGGUGCUGACGGCGGCGCACUGCUUCCAGGGGUGA